CACUCUGCUCCCCAGUUGCGCCGAGCCAGGUCCCGAGCCAGGUCCCGAGCCAGGUCCCGCUGCCGUCCGCGCUCCGCCUCGCUGGCGAUGGUUGCGCUGCCCGUGCUGCUCGCCCUGCUGGGCACCGUCCUCCCAGCAGUGGCCGGUGACCUGGAGGUGUCUGCAUCUCCCCGGGAAGCCACGCUGGCUCAGGGAGGCUCCAUCCAGGUGAACUGCAGUUUCUUGGUCUGUGACCGGAAGGAUUCUGAGCUGGGCCUGGAGACUGACUUCUCCAAAGUCUUAGUGGACUACGGGACCAACUGGAGGCUGUUCAAUCUGAGCGGUGUUGACAAAGACAGCAGUCCGAUCUGCUACCUGAGCUGUGGCCCCGGGCACCAGGGGACCGCUAGGGUCUCCCUCACCGUGUAUGUGUUUCCGGAGGAGGUGGAGCUGAGCCCCCUGCCACCCUGGCAGCCCUCGGGCCAGGACCUCACCCUGCGCUGCCUCGUGGUGGGUGGGGCGCCCCGGAACAGGCUCACCGCGGUGCUGCUCCGGAACGAGGAGGAGCUGAGCCGGCAGCCGGUGAUCAGGGAGCCCACGGAAGUCAUGGCCACCGUGCCAGUGGGCAGAGGCGACCACGGUGCCAACUUCUCAUGCCGCACGGAGCUGGACCUGCAAGCCGAGGGUCUGGGGCUGUUCCUGAACAAGUCAGCCACCAGACAGCUUCGGACAUUCGUCCUGCCAGCAACUCCCCCGGCAUUUGACACCCCCCGGGUCCUGGAGGCCGGCACGUGGCAGCCCGUCACCUGCUCUCUGGAUGGGCUGUUUCCUGCCUUGGAGGCCCAGGUCCACCUGGCGCUGGGGGACCGGAGGCUGAGCGCCACAGUCACGUACGGCAAAGACUCCCUGUCCGCCACGGCCUCGCUGGAAGUGACGGCGCAGGAGGAGGGCGACCAGCGGCUGGUGUGUGCAGUCCUGCUGGGGAACCGGAGUCUGGAGUCCUGGAGGAACCUGACCGUCUACAGCUUUCCAGAACCCAUCCUGAUGCUGAGCGCGACCGAGGCCUCUGAAGGGGACCUGGUGAUGGUGCAGUGCGAGGCUCACCCUGGAGCCAUGGUGACGCUGAGUGGCGCCCCAGCCCAGCCACUGCCCCAGAAGUCCCAGUUGCUGCUGAACGCCAGCGCUGCGGAUAACGGCCGCCGCUUCUCCUGCUCUGUGGCUCUGGAAGUGGCCGGGCAGGUGCUGUACAAGAACCGGACCCAGGAGCUCACCGUCCUGUAUGGCCCCAGAUUAGACGAGAGCGAUUGCCCGGGGAACUGGACCUGGCCAGAGGGGUCCGAGCAGACCCUGAGGUGUCAGGCCUGGGGGAACCCGUCCCCCCAGCUCCAGUGUCACCGCAAGGGUGACAACACUUCGCUGCCCAUCGGGCACCUGAGGCCUGUCAAGCGGGAGCUUGAGGGAACCUACGUGUGCCGUGCUGUGAGCUGGCGCGGGGAGGCCAGCCGGGAGGUGCUGGUGACAGUUCUCUACAAGCCGAGAAACAUGGUCAUCAUCGUUGUGCUGUUGGCCAUAGCAGCCAUCGUGAGCUCUGUGGCCUUAACCAUGUACUUCUAUAACCGACAGCGGAAAAUCAGGAAGUACAAGCUCCAAAAGGCAGCCGAAGAAGCCUUGAAUCUAAACGGCCUGGGUGAGCCUGCCCCAGCCCACCCAGAGCUGGCCUCCUCCCAGACGCAGCAGUGCUGAACCGAACAGAAUGGUGGACUCAGGUCACUUAGCUACAUGCACUUUCUAGGGUGGCAGGACAGGAUGGUGGCCUUGGGGUACACAUUGCAUUCGGGGUUCUGGUGUCUGCAUGUAUAGGACCUCAGGGUUGCAUACCUGACCUGUGGCCACAGGACUGAGCCAAAAGGAGGAAGAAGAUUUGGACAUGAGGUUGGGGGGGGUGGUGCAUGUCUGUCAUCCCAGCACUCAGGAGGCUGAGGCAGGAGGAUCAACGAGUUGAGUUUGAGGCUAGCCUGGGCUACACAGUGAAUUCAAACCACACUAGUUUUAACUUUUUUUUUUUGUACUGAGAAUACAACUCAGGAUCGUGUGCUUGCCAGGCAGGCACUGUGCCACUGAGCUAAACCCCCAUCCUCAAACCACACUAGUGACCCUGAACCACAUUUUGAGACCCUGUCUCAAAACAAAAAGACUUGGGUGUGUCUCUGAUGGAUGUGGAAGUCUGGCCUGGACACAGGGAUAGUGACAGAGACACAAAGCUGUGGCUUUGCAGACCUACAGCCAGGAAAUAGGGAAACUCACUCCCUAUUGCAUGUGGCAAGGCCCCACAGCCCUAAGAAGGAAGUCGCCCACCAGACACAUGCUGCACUGAAACACUCAUACCCACAUUACCUCUGAAAGAUGCCAGUUCUGGUACUGCUGUCUAUUGAUUCUCCCCAACUCUUCCCAAUGACAUAUUUAUUACUUUUUUACAAAUUGGCUAUUUAAUGAGUACCUUUUAGGAAGGCUAAAAUGGUGAACAGUGUCAACAUAGGUUCCUGCUUUCACAGAGCAAGCUAAUUUUUUUUUGUAUAUCCUUUUAUUGGUACAUUUUAGGUGUACAAUAGAAUGACAUUCAUCAUUGGAUAUAUGCACCUUUACAUACUCUCUUGAGCAAGCUAAUAUUACACAUUCAGAGUUGGCAGGUACAGUUGAGCUGGCUGUGCACUGUACAAGAGUGCCUGGCAAAAAAUAUCGAGCGGGUCUAGGAUUUCUCUAUUGGCCAAGCUGUGUUCUUCCCAAAGGGUGUUUUUCCUAUUGAGCACAAAGGCACUGUAUGGACCAGCCAUGGGUACAUGUUCUGCAACCACUCAUUAAACCCUUACUACCCAUAACCAGCAAUGGACUGUGAGCCACCUCCCAACCGACAGGCAUUUCUGCCAGCGUUCACAAUGACACUGUGACCAUGUCCAAAUGUGGUGGCACCCGUUGGCAGUUAAAUCAUGGAAUCCCUUGGAAUGGAAGCCUUGCCUUGGAGCCAAUAAAGCAGCUCUGGCCUUGACCUCGCAUGGAUUGCUGGCAGGGGUCACAUCCGGUGGAACUUUUUCUAGCUACCUCUACCACAGCCCUGACCUCCCACUUCCUCUCCCAAGAAAAACCUGCUGUUGGGCCCAACCCUGAGGGUCCAGUUCAAAUCUGGGGCUUUUCCUGACCUUCUGUGACUGCAGUGGAAAUGAAAGAUCCCCAUCCAGAAAAAUAAAUAGCAUAUGGUUGA